AGGAGGCGGAGCGGGAGGCCCGGGCCGAGGCGGCAUAGGGGGAUGCGGCUCCGGCCCGGCUGGUCCCCUUGCGCCUGGCUGCCCGCCGCGGGUCGGGCGUGCGUGGUCCAUGGUGGGGCUCGGGCUUCCUCCAGAAGAAGUGGAGUGAGUGGUGCAAGGUGCGCUGCGGCCCCGCUGAGAGCUCGGGCUGAGACGAGGUCCGAGGAGGUGCUUCUCGCGUGGCCCCCAUCGCUCGGCUCAAACCCUUUCCGGCGGCCAAGUUUGGGGCCUUUCUGCCGUAGGACACGCCCACCCACACGCUUCUGGGUGCCUUGGCAACGCGCCGCGGGGCGUGGCCUCACAGAGACCGGACUGCACCAGUGGCUGGGGUCGACCUUUGCCCCAGUUCCUGGGGGCCUGGAACCUAGCAACCUGACAAAGUCUCCUGUUGCUUGGGCCAACUUCGAACUCUGUAUGCAGAUGAGUGCAGAUGACGCUGAAUUCCUCAAUCUUCUGCCACCACCAGCCCCUCCUCCAGUGCUUGACUUAAAAGCCUGGACCAUCACAGGAAGAAGUCCUUCCCCUGCUGCCAUGUGUUCACUCAUUCAUUCUGCAAAUAUUUGUACAGUGGUACUACUCUACUCCAAGAGCUGUUUCCGGCACUGAGCAGAACAAGGAACAAGCUUCUGUCCCCGGCUUCUUUACCUUUGACCAGCGGUGAAGAUGGGGAAA